CGCCAUAUGGACAUGAGCGCUGGCCUGGACGCGAUGGAUGCGGCGAUCAUGGAGAGCCUCAUGGACGAAGGUCGCCCGUCCGAGCACUACCAGAAGCGCCAGAAGGUCGAGAUGGCGGCGCUGCGCACCCAAGUCGCCAGCUUGAGCGCGACCCUCGCGUUGCUCGUCGAGGCCAAGCGGCUGCAAGUUCAGCGCAGUACCGACGGCUGGGAAAAGGUCGCCCGGCGCCAAAAGCUCGAGGUCGAGAGUGCAUUGUUCGACUCCACGCGGCUCCGUCGCGCGGUCCACGAGCAGCGACAACUUAUAGCGACGCUCGAGCGCUUGCUUGUCAAGCACCGUCGCGCAGUGCCGCCGGAGCGUCUUCCCCUCGAGAGUUGGCAGCUACGGUGCAUGCCCCGUGAGACGCAGAAGCGCGCCGAGACCCUCCACGCGCUCUUGGACGAUUCCUUUCGGAGCCGGGAGGCCAUGGACAUUCGGACGCAGCUCUUCGAGCACCCGAUCGGGCACCGACACUUGUCGAUCACGAGCGAGACAAGUGACGUGGCCGCCGUGACGUACGUCAGCACGACCUUUGUCGCUGCCGACUACGAAGCGCUCAGCGAAGCGAUUUGGUCGAAUUGGAAUGUGGCGUGCCACGCGUCAUGCGGUACCAGUGCCGAGACUGCGUGCGAAGACUUCGGCCCCGACAGUGUCUACUGCCACCUUGAAACCGGUUUUGUCGAGGCGACGCCGACGCUCUUUGCGCUCGCAGGUCUCAAGCGGUAUGUGGAGCCUGGGCGCGUCACGAUCGUGCUGAAAACGAUGCUGAGCGACGAGCGCCACCCGACCCCACCGCACCUCAUCCUUGUCAACGAAACGCAAAGCAUCGUCGUCGAGCCGGUCAAAGGAGGCGCACUCCGACAUAUCGCAGUCGAAGGUCGCUAUCCGCUCGAGCUACCGCCAUCCAGUGCACUCUGCGCCUUGAACCUUCCUGCGAUCGAUGCCAUUGCGUUCGUCGUCGAAAACGGGUUCCGGACCCUCGAGGACAAGACGUCGUCGCUGACACUAUGAAUCUUAUUCCACGUACAGUAACUUAUAUAGAUCUUACGUCAAAGACGC